AUGCCAUCUGUCAGGAGAUGCGAAGACAUCGAAGUUGAAGCUGCGAGUGCUCAGCGGACACAACACCUUGGGGAUCAUGAUAUGUCAGCCAGAGCCCAGUGUAUCAACUAUAUGCGCGAGAUGCAAGCUGAGAAAACGAGUGAUCUUAAAUUCAUUUUCAUCACCACGCAGACGUCAUUUGCGAUUAUGUCGCAUACCAGGCAAAGUGAAUUAUCUCGGCCUGUCCGAGUGCUCCGUGGGGACCUUCAGCAUGCGCAUGCUGUGCACCCUAUCAUGGACAAAUCGCGCUCGAUGGCUUCUCGCACAAGGAGCGGACGUCCUGCCUAUCUCGUCACGACCAAUAUCAAGCACGUGAAAGAGGUUUUGGGUGCAGCGUAUAUAAGGCUGACAUUAGAGGAGUUGAGGAGGUUACUGCCAUUCUGUCCGGGUAAGGACUUGUCCUCGGGCACGAGCGUGGACUACAUCACUGCCUUCUACAACCCCGGCAACAUCUAG